GUGGAUCUCUAUUGGUUUUAAUGGUUUGUAAUGGUAUUUGUGGUGGAAAUUAUUAGAAUUUCUGUUAUGGUUUAUAUUGCUUGUUUGUUUGUUUGUUUUCAGCAGGCCCUGGGGGUAAUCAUAUAAUAUAUCUAUAUAUUAUAAUCUGUAAUAUCCUGCAAAGAUAAGGUCUCUGGACAUAAAAAAAAUUGGUUUCUUUGGGGGGAAUUUGGAAGAGGGAUCUGGCAACCGUCGAGAUGUGUUCAAGCCUUCCAGUUCCUGCUCGCCUUUUAAACAACAUGGCGGUCGAACCGUGGAAUAAAAUAAACAUUCCGUAUCCAGGUGUUGCUGCGGCUUGUAGAAUCCCUUUUAACACACGAACAGCCGCUGUAACAGAAGCUGUGGUGGUGCACUGUGGGAACGUGCUGAAGCUGCUGGGCAGCCGCGUGCUGAACACAGAGAUCCGCGUGGUCCAUGAGAUCCUGUAUGUACUGCACAACGGUUUCAGACAACACAAACCUUUCCUGGCCAUCAAACAGGUUCAGCAAUGCAUAAACCGACUGCAGGACAUGAAACUGCAGGCAGUCUUGCAAGACCUGCAGGAGCUAUGCCCAAACCAAAUCCAGAGGGAUGUGGGAGUUGAUGUAGGACAUUGCGACGUCCCUAGUCAUCCCAUGCUGGAAUGGUUUUGUCUUAAAGUGUUGGGAGCCUCCAGUCUCCUGUGCCGAACCCUGGACCAGUGCACCAAAGCUUUCUCAUUGACAAGGCAACAUCUUCGUUUGUCUGAGUUCAUCGUGCUGAACUUGGUGCUGACAUGCAUGCUCAGUCGACUCUGGGUGUUUUUCAGAGGCAUCCUGAGAACUCUGGUGCCUGUGUAUGAAGGCAUCAUGGCUCUGCUGCACGAGGUAGUGCAUUGUCAACCCAUGACCUUCCUCCCUGACUUCACCUUGCCCGGAGACCUGGCAGCGUUUCUGGGCCCCACUUAUUCUGACCUGCUUGAGGAGAGGAGUACACCAGAGCCUUUUGGGAUGAAAAACCUCUCUGUUCUCGAUAGUCUGUUUGAGGAGGGAAGUGAGGAACAGGUGGAAAAGAGGGAAGAAGAAGAGACGAAAAUAAUGCAGAUGCUAGCCCGUGAGGAAAUGACAUCUAGCAUGGAUCUGGGGAGGACCAUUUUGCGUCGAGGUCCACCAUGCUCUCGAUCUUCUGCAGAUUUGGACAUAAAGUCGAUGCUGCAGCAAACUUCCAAACAGUGUGCAGUUGAAGUGUUCAGUAAGACAGCAUCUCCUGGGCAACCGAGUACUUCCAGCCUGCCUGUGCUGGAGCAGAAGAAGAUGUUCUUGAAAAGACUAAGUACAGCAUCCUGCAUUAAGGACAUGGCUGCACAUUUUGAACAGAUGAUGGGCUGGUGUAAGAGGAGUAAGCUGUAUCGGGAACGCCGCUAUCUUGCCUUCAUGCUCCUCAGGUGCCAGAGGAUGAAGGCUUUGGAGUGUGAGGGAAUCAGGUACAGUGCAGGACAAUUUUUUUUUUACAUGUACGUUUAUUGCAUUUACGAUCUUAAUUAUUUUUGUUUUGUUUUCAUAUCCAGUGUGCAGAAGAAACUGAGGAGGCUUAGGCUUAGGGUUCACAAUGUGAUGCUUAAAGGAACUGACUUGGUGAGACCUUCCCUUUUUCUUCAGCGAAGGACAAAUUGCUACUUCAGAACACGUUUUACUACACUUUUGAGAUGUUAUGGAAGCAUCAGGAGCCGAGUUGGAAAAGUCAGAAUGCGCUCUCGGAUAGCCAGAGACCUUUUUAAUGUAACUGCAAAAUCAUCACACAAAUGCAGAAAGUACUCAAAAGUUUCACCUAUACAUAAAGAUGUGAUGUCAGGAAGCGAAGGCGUAUUUAGUCAAAAAAAAGGCAAAAUGGAGACCAGUUCACUGAAAUCUAGCAGUGUGCACAAUGAUGAGAUUGAUAAUAUUUUUGCAUCCUUUGGCUUUUAGUGUUAUUGUAUAUGGAGAAUUUGGAGAAGUAUGAUUAAAGCAACACUACUAGAAGAUUUUGGACUGUAUUUGUGUUUGACAGACCUGCAUGUGUUAACAAUUCAGGUUUGUGAAACAUAAAGGCUACAUUUGGUUGUUUUGACAGGUCUAUGUUUUCAAGACUUAGAUGAACAAACUGAUUGAUUGCUGAAAUAUCCCAAAUGGUGUCUGAGGUAAAUUCCAGCUUUUCCAAUUAUAAUACUGUAAGUAGUAAUAAUUUCCUAAAAAUUCAGAACCACACAUGGCACUGGCUCAAUUUAUUCUUAGUAACUACAGAUUUCAGGAGUGAUUUUUUUUUUUCAGUCAUUUGCUGUCAUGGCCUGCCCUUUAAUGGUGGCUGAAUGCCCUUUCACACUGAGUGCGAUGCGAUAAAGCGAAGUGAAUCGCAGAUGAACAGUGCUUUGACACCAAACGCAAAAUGAUUGAUCGCCUUCAGCUAAUUCACGCCUGCACGAUAGGUGGCGCUGACUGAGAAUGCAUUUUAAUCCUGCACACUAGGUGGCGCAACACACUAUUCAGCUGAUCGACCUAACGUAUUUGACCACUGAGAAGAAGAAUCACUUACCUGUUGUUGCAUAGCACCACAACGCAAACUGUUAAGAAGCAUAGAAGCUAACUUUUCUUAUUUUACGUGUAUUCUACCCUGAAAGGGAGGCAGAAAUUUUUUUGAACAGCACCAUCAAUCUGUUUUAGUAUGAAUGAAAUAAUGUGAAAUAUAAUGCAAUAACACAGUAUUGGGACAAAAUCUGUUUAUUUGUGCAAGAUCAAUUUUUAAAAAAUAUUAUAUAUAACUAUAAAAGAUAAGAUGCAUGUGUGUAUAUAUAGAUAUAAGAAUAAAGGGGAUUACAAUUAUACACUAUAUCUAAAAAAUAAUGUUUUUGUAGUCGCUAAUUCAACUUUUUAUCAAAAAGUUCUCUGUUCUCGGACACCAACGCUGAUAAGAACUCAACAGCCAUUCUCUGUUCUCUUCCGGAAUACUUUUCUUCGGUGUUUACACUGGUUUUCCAAACAGCUUUCUGUGCUAUAGCGUCACCUAUCUCGCCUUUUUGUGCAAUAGCAGUGGCUCCAGGCACAUGAUUUAAAGCACAAAUCUAAUUGGUCGUGCAGCGACUGAUCGUGUCCGGUGUGACUAGAUGCAUAUGUAUCUCUUGUUUCAAAUCAAGAGCGUCAUUGCGUCAUACAUGGCUCAUUCCAUGGAUAGUUUAGGUCACCCAGGAGAAGCUACGUAUUCAAAUGACUUUGUUUUGAUUAGUGAUAUGAUCUGUGUUGACCUUCAGGAAAAUCCUAUAUUAUAUAGAGCAAUGGUUUUCAAAGUGGGGGCCGGGGCCGCCCGGGGGGCUUCAACAAUUUGCUAUGAAAAAUAAAUUCUCACUCUCAGACAACCACACACACACAAUCAAUUCCUAAUGUAAUGUAAGAUGUAAUUAUUAAUAAAAAAGGAAUAUUUAUUCAG